AUGCGUUCAGGCGCCUUUGGGGGCAUCACCCUCGCUGCUCUGCUCUCUGGAGUAUCAGCACAGUCCUACGGUAAUCCUGGUGCCUCUGGCCAAGGCCAGCCUGGUGAUGGCGGAUCAUCUUCUCCUGGUAGCAGCCCUGCUGGCAGUGGUCCUGGUAACGGUUCCGGCAAUGGUUCUGGCAAUGGUUCACCCCUGACGGUUUCUCCUGUUGUUCUCACUUGUCCCAUUGUCCCCCCCAGUACGGUCUUCAUCACUGUCACUCCUCCUGCUCUUGCUACUGUCACGGUUACUUCUCCUGCUGGUCCCAACGGCUCCAACCUUCCCAACGGCCCAUAUGAUCCCAAUGGUCCUUUCGGCGGCUCACUUCCUCACACUGGACCAUAUCCUUCCGCACACUCUGGCUCCGGUUGGUCUCCAUCCAAGACGAUCUCCAUUCCCUGCUCAACUGACUCUGGCGCCGGUCCUGAAGGUGCUGGCAAUCCUGGAUCCGGUCACUCUGCUACGGCUGCCCAACUCACCACUGACUAUGUCACCAUGUCCAUUCCUCCUCUGGGUGGUCAGACUGUUGGUUCCAUGAUCACCUACACCAUCAUCACUCCUCUUGUUUCCGGCAAUGGUGGCAAUGGUGCUACUAGUCCAUUCGGUGUUUCGUCUUCUGCUUCUGGUGGCUAUGGUGCUGGUCAGCCUUCUCCAACUGUCACUCAGUCUGCUACCCAACCAGGUGCUGGUAACCCCGGUGGUCAAGGUUUGCCAACUGUCACUGUCACUGUCACCACUCCCCAAGGCGGCAAUCCCAGCAGCUCUGGCCCUGGAAGCAACCCCAAUGAUCCCGACACCUACGGUCCUGGCAAUGGUUCCGGCUCAGGGCCCAACCCAGGCGGCAAUGGAUCCGGCAGCAAUCCCGGCAAUGGCUCUGGCAGCAAUCCGGCAGGCGGAAACCCCGGUGGCCAAGGUAUCCCGAACUCCACCACUCCAUGCGAAACUGACACAGCUACUGUCACUGUUCCUGGUGGCAAUGGAGCAGGUAAUGGUCCUACUAUCGCUCCUGGUGGCCAAGGUCCAACUGUCGCUCCUGGAAGCCCUGGCAAUUCUGGCCAGAGUAGUAAUCCUGCAGGUCCUGGUGGCCAAGGUUUGAGCACUUCCCCUGUCACUGUCACCAUCACUGUUCCUGCUGCUUCUUCGUCUGGCCUCAGCAACCCGGGCAGCAACGGCAGUCCCGGAGGCUCACCAAGUCAAAGCUUGCCUUUCGGUGGCUAUGGAGGUUCUGGCGGUAGCCCCUAUGAUCCUGGCUUCAGUACAUCCACCAUUAUUGUCCCCAGCGCACUCACUCUCACUGUUCCCAACACUCUUGGCGGUCCCGGUGCCCAGGGAGGUCAAGUUCCCACCAUCAUCCCUGGCAUUCCUCCUUCAGGUCAGAGUUCCACUGGCGCCAUAAAUGGACCAUCUCCCUCUGGCAGCUAUGGUGGUAACCCUGGUGGUUCUGGCAAUCCCAACGGUCCCAACGGCCCUGGCGGCUCAGGCAAUCCCAAUGGUCCCAACGGCCCUGGCGGCUCAGGCAAUCCCAAUGGUCCCAACGGCCCUGGCGGCUCAGGUAAUCCCAAUGGUCCCAAUGGUCCUGGUGGCAGUGGCUCGGGUCCUUUCACCAUCACGGUUCCCAGUGUUCCAAGCGGCAGCAGCCUUCCUGGCACUUCAGGCAACGGCCCCAAUGGAGGUGCCUCCGCUCCCAUCAUUGUCACUGUUCCAAGCAACCCGACCACAGGGAUUCCAAUUGGUCCAGGUGGUCAAGGAAUUUCUGGAGUUACCAUUCCAUCCCCUGAACCAACUCUUCCUGGUGGCUAUGGCAGUGGCUCCGGCUCUGGUCCUGGCAACAAUGGUCCUGGCAACAAUGGUCCUGGCAACAAUGGUCCUGGCAACAAUGGUCCUGGCAACAAUGGUCCUGGCAACAGUGGUCCUGGCGGCAGCGGUCCCAAUGGUGCAGGUGGUCCCAUCACCAUCACCAUUCCUCCCUCUGGAGCUGAACCUACUGCUUCAGGAGUUCCCGUCCCCAUCACUGUUCCUGGAGCUGGCGGCCCUGGUGGUCAAGGAGGUCAGUCAGGCCCAUCAGGUCCCAGCACAGCGACUGUUCCAGUUGGUGGUAGUGGCAGUCUUCCUGGUAGCUAUGGUGGUAGCUCUCCCGCAGGCAGCUCUGGCCCCAACGGCUCUGGCUCUGGCCCUUCUGGCUCAGGUCCUAACGGCUCUGGCUCGGGUCCCAACGGCUCUGGUUCUGGUUCCAAUGGCUCUGGCUCUGGCCCGAGUGGCUAUGGUUCUGGUCCGAGUGGCUCGAAUCCUAAUGGCCCUGGCUCAGGUUCUUCUGGCUCAGGUCCUUCUGGCUCAGGUCCCGAGGGUUCAAAUCCCAAUGGCACUGGUUCACGUCCCAAUGGCUCAGAUCCCAAUGGUUCUGGCUCUGGUCCAAAUGGUCCAGGUGGCCAAGCAAUCUCGUCACCGCUCAUCACCAUCACCCAGUCGUCUAUUCUUCCCUCGACCAGGACCGUUCUUGCAUCUGCCCCAUACACUCCUGUCGUGACAGUUGCUCCUGGAAGUGGUCCUCAACCCAGCAAUGGUGGCAACCCUGGCUCUGGCAAUCCUGGAAAUGGUUCAGGUAGCCCCGGCAACGGGUCAGGCAACCCAGGCAACGGAUCUGGUAACCCAAGCAAUGGAUCUGGCAACCCAGGCAAUGGUCAAUCUACACCCUGUCCUGAUGAAGGCUCAGUAAUCACCAUUUUCCCCUCUCCGACUAAUGGCCAGCAGCCUACUGGAGUCCCUCCAUUCAUGACCGUCACCGAGGGCUCCAAUCCCAAUGGUGGUUCGAUCCCCGCUGGUGCAUCUACUCCAGCCAUCACUGUUCCUGGACCCAACCCUUCAGCCGCAGAGCCGUCUGGCGUUCCUGUUCCUGUGACAGGAGGACCAAACCCAUCUGGUGAGUCAACGCCUUGCACAACUUCCUCCUCUGCUACUCAAACAUCUGGCCCUGCACCCGUGAAUACCUCGUCGACCCGCGUUCCACAGUUCACAGUCCCGUCGAGUGGAUGGAAUGCCACCAUGUCAAUGACAGUGUCCAGCACUGGCGAUGUGCCAUCGGUUGUGCCGCCAACUUCAACUGUGGAACCGCUGGCUACCACGAUCCCCUCCGACUGUCCUUCCUUGACCUCUACUCUGAUUUCCAGCUCCAUGAUCACAUGGUGUGCUACCUCGAGGCCAACAUCAACCAUUGAUGUUCAGUCAUCGACACCUGCUCCUGUUCGACGUCAAACUAAUGCGGACAUUCCAGUUGUUCCCACUUCCCAGCCUGGCGGUUACCAGUGGGGUGGCAGCCAAAAGCUUGAAGCAUGCGGCAACGCUGCUGACAAGGGCAAUUUUACCCUCAAGAUGGAUGAUCUCUCUGCUCUCUCAGCCAGGUCUGAAACUUCUGAUCCAGUCUCUGUGCUCAGCCCCUACCACCGAUUCUGGUUCACAUCAACCUUUGAGACUUCAUCUUCGGAAGGUCGCUUCAAGCCCUCCUCUGGCAGCACCAUGCUUCAGUUCACUCCAUCUGACGACCCUGCACGCUUUGGCAACGGCCCCAGCCAUGCCAAUGACUGCUUCUCCUUUGACUUCUUUGGAGCACACCUCGGCUGCGACUCGGAAGAGUCAGACUGUGACUUCACCUUUACUGGCAUGACCUUUGACAGCAAGUCACAGGAGGAAGUCGAGGCGCUCUCACAGACUGUCCACGUCCCCGCCUGUCGGCAAACCACUGAUUGCAAGCUGCAGCAUGUCUCUGUCGACAACUUCAAGGGUCUCUCAUCAGUGCUUGUCGAUGUCAAGGUCGACAAUGAGGAGCGAACUUGGUGGGCUGAUGACCUCGAGCUCGGCUGGUCCGACAACACUUGUGACAAGGCCAACUGCCGAUCACAGAUGCGCGACACUGUUCUGACCAAGUCUGCUGGCAAGCGUUGGAUCGCAUGA